AUGAUUGGAGAUUUGAGAGACGGCGCUACGACUGCAGUUGGCAGGCAGGUUCGAGAAUGUAUCACAGGUGCUGGAUCAUGCGAGAACCAAGACCAAAAGAGCUAUAACCGCCCUGGCGACCUGGGAACUGCCCUCUGUCAGGCUGAUUCAUGUUGCGUUUGGGACUUUGUACAAGAAGAAUUAGUCGAGUCAUUUCGUAAUGGAAAUGGGACGUGCAAUGGCCUUGCUCGAGCCUCUGUGAGACUCGGGUUUCAUGAUGCUGGGGCAUGGUCCAGAAGCAGUGGUGCUGGUGGUGCUGAUGGCAGCUUGCUGCUAAGCUCGGAUGAGAUCAAUCGACCAGAGAACAAUGGCCUACAAGAGAUUCGAACCAGGGCAUUGCAGCUCUUGGAUAAAUAUUCAAGAUAUGGUGUCACGGCCGCUGACUUGGUGCAGUUCAUGCACAAUGUCGCUACUGUAACCUGCCCCCUGGGUCCUAGGUUGCUGACUUUUAUAGGACGCCCUGAUCGCCGAGAAGCGAACCCCAUGGGUCUUAUACCAAGCAACAACGCUACAGAUGCAACAUUUCUCAUUGAGCUCUUUCAAAACAAGACCUUCACAGCACGCGAUCUCGCUGCCUUACUUGGAGCGCACACUGUGGCCCAGCAAUUAUUUGUCGAUCCUUCGAAAGCAGGCCAGACACUCGAUUCUACACCAGGAGUUUGGGAUAUGAAUUUCUACCGCGAGAUGGCAUUGCCUGAACCCCCUUCAGGAGUUUUCCGGCUACCAAGCGAUGAAGCCCUUUCUCUAGCUGACGGCACCUCCUCGCGUUUUGAGGCAUUCACAGAUGUCACCUUCGGUCAGACGGUCUGGAACCGAGAGUAUUCGACAGCAUAUGUGCGCCUUAGCCUUCUUGGUGUCAACAACAUCAACCGACUUACCGAUUGCACCAAGGUACUGCCUGGUGCUGUGACCUCCUUUUCGGUGACAUCCUCAUCCUCAUCACCAUCUCCUUCUUCAUCUUCAUCUACCGCCCCAUUAUCGUCAAGUGAAUCCGGGUACAUGAUAUGCUGUGUUUUACUUUGCAUGUUGAUAUUGGUGAUAUGA